AUGGUCGUCUCUGCUGCUGAACUUCAUAAAAAGAAAAAGCCACCUUCCUUCAAUCGUUAUCCUGAGGCGAAGGCAAAAUCUCUUAAAAAGGCAUGGGUCGAAAAGACGAAAAUCAAGAGUAAAUGGAGAGCUGAAAGGCGAAAAAUGGGAUUGCCAUCUAGAUCUUUACCUACUCAAACUGACGAUGCCCAAAAAGAAGAACAGGAUGAGGUGGCUGACAAGGAAGCAGAAGAUGACAAGGAAUCGGAAUCAGCAGAUGAAACUGUCACCACUCCGCCUAUGAAAUUCCAGCGUGGACCACCUCGUCCCAAUUUUGCAUUCGCAUCUCAAUUGAAGGAGCCAAAGGAACAGCCCAAGGAACACGACGCGCCAGAUCUCCGAGAGCUUACUCGAAAAGCCUAUUCUCGAGAGACACUCCACACAUACAAGUCAGAUCCACUAAACCGGCGAGGAGGCACAAACAGAGGCAGAGGACAUAGUCGAGGUGGAAUAAGAGGAAGGGGUCAGCCCAACAUGAAAUUGCGCAUGGGUGCCAUGCUUGAGAAAAUCAAGAGAGACUUUACAUGA